GGAGCAUCUUCCAGCCGAGCCCCGAUUGGUCCAGGGGGCCGCCACUCACGGCCCGGAGGCGGGGGCGCGCGUGCGCCGUGGGCCGGGCCGCGGGCGAUGGUGCUGGGGCGCGUAGCCGCGGGAGGCCGGGCGGUGGCAGCAGGUGUCCUCUGCUCUGGGCCCGGCCGACGCUCCAGCGGGGACUGGUGCCACCGGCUUCCCGGAGGCGGCAGCGCUCCCCACCGGCACCGCAGCGGGACCCCAGUCUGGGAAGGCCGCAGAGAGUUCCGGAAGGACCAUGCGGACGAGGGCUCCCAAACAGCGGCAGACGGCACGAGGCGCCCCGAGUCCUCCCCGCCCGGCAGGGGCGCCCCGGAAGCCCCGUACCCCUCCCCACCGGAGCUGCAGCCCCCCACGAACUGCUGCAUGAGCGGCUGCCCCAACUGCGUGUGGGUGGACUACGCGGACGCGCUGCUGCGGCACUACCAGGACGGCGGGCAGCGGGCCCUGGCCGCCCUGCAGGAGCACGUGGCCGACGAGAACCUCAGGGCCUUCCUCAGGAUGGAGAUCCAGCUCCGCAUGAGGAGCAGGGACUGAGCCGGCCCGGAGCUGCUGCCGGGGCAGCCCCGGGGCCUCCUGCACCCGCCGUCCCGGUGGGGCUGGUGUCGGGGGGAUCGGGAGAAUUAUUUAUUGACUGCACCCAAAAAUAAAUCAGUUCUCUGUGCUGCUG